GUGUGUCGUAGGCGGAGCCGUCACCAUUGCGUCGGAGUGGAGUUGCCGUGGCAGCCCUGAGGGGGGGCAGGAGGAUGGAGGGGAUGGAGAGGAGGAAGGGCUGGGGGAGGGUGGGGAGCGGGGCCUGGAUGGGGACCCAGAGGGGGUGUGGAGCCCAGACAUCGAGCAGAGCUUUCACGAGGCACUGGCCAUUUACCCACCCUGCGGCAGGAGGAAGAUUAUCUUGUCUGAUGAAGGCAAGAUGUAUGGGCGCAAUGAGCUGAUAGCGCGCUACAUCAAGCUGCGCACUGGGAAGACCCGCACACGCAAACAGGUAUCUAGUCACAUUCAGGUGUUGGCGCGUAAAAGGGUACGAGAAUACCAGACAGGCAUCAAGGUCUCUAGUCACCUGCAGGUCUUGGCGAGGAGAAAGUCACGUGAGAUUCAGUCUAAGCUGAAGGCCAUGAACUUGGACCAGGUGUCAAAGGACAAGGCGUUGCAGAGCGUGGCUAACCUCUCGUCGGCUCAGAUCGUUUCUGCCAGCGUGAUGAAGCCCCAGCCCCCCUACCCCCCGCCUGUCAGGUUUUGGCCUGGCAUCCCUGGACAACCUGGACAUUCUCAGGACAUCAAGCCUUUUGCACAGCCCCCAUACACCACCCUCCCAGCCCCGGUCCCUGCGCCUAUUAGUUACGAGCCACUGCCUGCUCCUCGGGCCCCUGCUACCAUAGCAACACCAGUGUGGCAGGACCGGACCAUCACUUCUGACAAGCUCCGACUGCUAGAGUACUCUGCUUUUAUGGAGAGCCAGAGAGACGCGGACACGUUCAGUAAGCACCUGUUUGUCCACAUCGGUCAGUGCAGCCCGGGCUACAGUGACCCGGUGCUAGAGUCGGUGGACGUGAGGCAGAUCUACGACAAGUUUCCUGAGAAGAAAGGGGGUCUAAAGGAGCUGUAUGAGAAGGGACCACACAGCGCCUUCUUCCUCGUCAAGUUCUGGGCGGACCUAAGCAGUGACCUGGAGGAGGGACCUGGGGCCUUCUAUGGCGUUAGCAGCCAGUACAGCGGCACAGAAAACAUCACCAUCAGCGUCUCCACCAAGGUCUGCUCCUUUGGCAAGCAGGUGGUGGAGAAGGUGGAGACAGAGUAUGCCCGAAUGGAGGGAGGGAAGUGUGUCUUUAGGAUCCAUCGCUCACCCAUGUGUGAAUACAUGGUCAACUUCAUCCACAAGCUCAAACUCCUGCCAGAGAAGUACAUGAUGAACAGCGUCCUGGAGAACUUCACCAUCCUACAGGUGGUGUCUAACAGGGAAACUCAGGAGACUCUGCUGUGUAUUGCCUUUGUGUUCGAGGUCUCCACCAGUGAACACGGAGCUCAAUACCACGUUUACCGCCUCGUCAAGGACUAACACACUACAGCCCCCUUCCUGUACAGACUACUACACACCCCCCUCUACAGACUGUUCUGAACACGGGCACGCAAAUACAAACCACAGACGUUCCCUCCAUAACUUACACAUGUACAGACACACUCCCACACACGGUCUCAUAGUGCACCAAUCUACCAAUCAAACCAAAAGCAGACGAGGAGAUACUCACAGAGCCUCUGAACAGACAACACAUGUAAUAUCAAGCCUCUAUAGUUGGUCAGUCUUUGACUUUAUAACACAUAGGAAACAGAUGAUAGCUGAUGACUCCCCCCAGGAAAAACAGUGUCUUUGGCUUUCAUCCGUCUCCACCACAGGUUCUGCUGUAGGCAAUGGGAGUUCUGCAGGUGUGUUGGCUGUAAGGGGGUUGGGGUCAGAAGAGAUGAGUCAAAUGUUCAUAGGUCGCACACUAUUCGAUUUUUGACCGCACUCCAAUACCUCCUCAAUACGUGUCAUUGUAAAAUGCUCUCAUAGAUCGGUAGAUUUUUUGCAGAUUUUUUAGCAGGAAACAUGCGCCUCACCUUUUUAAAAACGCAUCUCAGUUCUGAGAGUCUGAAUUCUUAGGUGAGGGGCAAAUGGUAACAGCCCUCUAAACCCCCCCCUUCCCUCCCACACUACACGUCCCAGUCAUACGCAAUUGUUAUACACUAACCCCUCCCUAGUGACCAUAAGAGAUUGUGAAUAACACUCGAAUCGUCUUUUAUUUUGAUUUUUGCACGUUACAUUUUUUUUUUUUCUCUUCACACUAAAAUAUCAUUUUUUUGUUUAAAUAAAAGGAUUGACACUAUUAUUGUUCAGUUUUAAACAAGUUUGUCAGGCCUGAAUUUGUGAGCUGGUUGGUAAUGGACAAGGGCUUCCUGCAGUAUUUCUACCUCCAGGGGCAUGUGGUGACAUUAAGGUGUGUAUGGUUCUAUAAGCCUUAACCCAGCAGCACUGAUGUAUAGGAUGUAAACUUUGUGAGCUGAUACUCGAGACAUGGUACUGUCUAAUAUCAGACCUGGGUCACUUUUUUAUGAUGACAUUUUUAUGUGUAAAGCAUAAACCUCAUUUCUGUGUGUAUUGUGUGUGUGUUUUCAUAGCGGUACAGCCAAAAGGGGUAAAUUCAUGUGCUAUUUUUCUUUUCUAUGUGUGAGAUUUUCAAAUCAACAAGGUACAAUCCCCCCUCCCCCUUCUUGACAUUGGCUGUACUGAUACAGAUUUUUCUUGGCAACACUAAGGAUCUUUGGUAUAUCAGCUAUUUGUAUAUGUCUUCUUUUGUUCUGAUGAUAAGAAUUGGGAUUUCUGUCUACCACCAGCCCGUUUUUAUUUUGUUUUUGCCAAUUUUAUGAGGAUGGCACCACUUCUAUGUAUCUGUGACUGUGUUGACAAUGACUGACUUGGUGAUGCAUACUGUAAAUCUAUUUGGAAAUUUUCCAGGACACAGACUGAGCUUUGGUAGAAAUGUUGGUGCUCCUCAAUUGAUAGAGCUUCCUGGCCCCAGACUAAACUAAAUACGUGCUAUUGACAGUGGUUUUAACUGUUUUGGAGGGGGAAGGGUUAGAAUAGAAGUUUCCUCAACUACAGAGAGAUCAUAAGUGGAUGGACCCAAGUAGUAAUUCAGAAUGGAUCUUGGUUCAAUUGGAACUGUUGGACUAGCCUUAACUUAACCAGACGUGACUAAAAUAUUUUUUUACAAAUACUUGUUUUAUGGUUAAACUCACUUAAACAUAUCUAAAGUACAUGUUAAACUAUAUAUAUUUGUAUCGAGGUCUGAUUACCUGACCAUUUGUUUUGCUUGCCUGGUCUCUCCUCCAGUCAAAUCUGCUCUGUGUGUCUGAUUACCUGACCAUUUGUUUUGCUUGCCUGGUCUCUCCUCCAGUCAAAUCUGCUCUGUGUGACGCCUAUACUGUUACACUGUCCAUCACUUCUCUACCAAUAAAAAUCACAAGGUGCCUCCUGAGCCAGUCUGCCUUUGGAAAAUAA